AGUCAGCCUAUCACUCGGCUCCCUCCAUUGCUCACUCCCUUCAUCCAUCCAUCCUCUUUCUCUUGGCCUGAGAGGCCGACUAGAUUACAGCUGCUAGGCAGCAUCUCUACUUGGAUGUCGUAAUCUCUGCAACUCUAGUAUGUGGCACUCGUCAUCUAAUCAUCCUGCUGCAUCGCCUGCACGUCCGGCCCAGGCUCGACCCGCGCCCGGUCGGCCGUACCAACCGUACCGAGCUCAGACCAACCAAUACCCGCCACAGCAGCAACAACAGCAAUCGUCCUCCUCCUACCCUUCUACAUCGGGGAACCAUGGCUCGACUGCUUUCCCGAUGCCGUCGCCUUACUCGCAGGGGCAUGGACCGCCCCAGCAGACCGGGUUCCCUCGGCCUUACACGAACCCGGCGUCUGGGCAAGCACGGCCUCCCUACCCAGUAGCCUCAGGUAGCUCUUACUCUGGACAUGCAGGACGUCCGCCCCCUAUCUCUUCUCCUUCUGCAUCAUACAAUGGGCAAAGUGGGAUGCCACGGCCGGGUCCAGGGAGCUCAUAUCCCAGCCAGGGAGGGCGUCCCCCGCCUAGUGUAGGGAGCUCGUAUCCCCCUCCAACGUCGAGGCCUUUUUCGAGGCCACCGCCGACACCAUCCAUGUCAAUGCCAGCUCCUGCUCACUGGAGUCCUUCGCCUCCUCUUCAACACUCGCCCCAUCCGCAAGGACCCGACACCUCGCGUCCGCGACCAGCCAGCCAGGACUCGUACAACUACUUUGCACAGCCGACCCGACCUGUCCGAGGCCCUGUCAUCCCGCCGCACCCACAUUCUCAAGGCCUUCCAUCGCCGCAGGGCCACACCAUGCUUCCCUCUCCACUGCCGAAGGAUCCUUACGAUGAUGAUGCAGAUCUUCAGGCCGCCCUUGCAGCGUCUCAGCAAUCGGCUCAGAAAGAAGCCGAGCUGCGUCGGGCGACUGAAGCAGAGGAGAUGAGGAGGCUCGAAGACCUGCACAGGCGGGAGCAAGCAGAUAGACAACGCAGAGAAGCGGAACGUCAGCGGGAAGAGGAAGCACAGAUGAGGCUAGUGAUGGAGCAGAGCAGGGAGGAAGAGCUGAGGAGGGAACAGGAAGCCAGGGAGAGAGAGGCUAGAGCUGUUGAGGAGUCGAGGGUGCAUGCUGCGAGAGAGGCUAUCAAGCGUGCUGAGGAAGAAGAAGAGCAUAUGCGUCAAGUCAUGGAAGCUAGUCUGAAAGAGGAGUGGGAGAGGAGAAGAGAGGCAGAGGAGGAAGAAGUAAGGAUGGUGGAGAGGAUACGCAGGGAGAUUGAAGAGCAGCAAGCAGCAAGCAGCGCGAGCUCAUCGCGUCCUACCACAGCUGGACCCAGCGGUAGCUCGGGUAGCGGAGGGUUCCAGCAUGUCGAGCCUGCUGCCUCUUCUUCCACAGAGGGCGCUGAUUCAGGCCGCAUCAGACGCCCUUUGCCGGUCCUACCUCCUAUCCCGCAGAGCCGACCUUCCUCAGAGGGAGCAUCUGUGCCUGCACCAGGACCGUCGAAAGUGCCACUCCCAGAUCCUCAGUCUGUUCAGAAUCACGAACAGCCUCUGCCUAAUGAGGAUCGGCUAGACGACAAUGACGACCGAGACGACCCCUUUGCGGAUGCAGCGGAAGCUCCUCCUGCAUACGAUCACAUCGGUGCGGAUCGUCCCCCCGAGGCUCCCAGUCGAGCCCCUACUGGGUUCUGGGAUGAAGCGAGAGCAAGACGAAUUCGAGAGCAGCGAGCUGCAAAUGGCGGACGACCAGAGCCAGAAACGACACCGCACGUGCCGACAGAUCCUCUCGAGGAGAAGCGACGGAUGGAAGCUCUUGGCCGGCGGGACCCUGCUCCGGAUGGGUCAGCGGGAGGUAGCAGUACUGUCACCAGGAAGGAAUCAGAACGAGCAACACACCCUCGUCAGCCAGGUUCGAACUCACAGGACGGCAGCAAGCCCACGCCUGCAUUGUCAAACAGCCCUGGCAUCAGUCGGCCUGACGUUGCUCCUGUUCAGAACGGCCACAGCCCUGCCGGAAGCGCAGGAAGUGGUCAAUACCCAGUCACUCCUGGACACGGAAUUGAUCGUCAGAGUUCGCGUUCGAGUGUUGCCUCGACCGCUAGUCGCUUCACAGCGACAUCAAGUCGAUCGAAUUCAAUGACAGGCACAGCGCGCACGCGUCAGACUUCUGCUACUGGGGAUCUCUCUGUGCCCAGCAGAGUCGGCAAAGGACGAGAAGGCUCGAGGUCUCCAUCUGUAUCGGAGCUAGGUAGUGGUCGUCCCUCUUUGCCCGGACAGAAAGCUCCGAUUGGGAUUGACUGGGGUUACUCGGACACUGCCUUCGCUACCAAGCUUCGGCCAGGUCCUCGGGAACAUUUCAUGAGGCGGACCGGUAGCUCAGAAGAGGAACAAGCUUCUAGUAGCCAAGAUUCGAUGACGGAGCAAGAGGAAGCCCUGCUCAAGUCGCGCUUCCCAGGUGUCAUCUCCCUGUCUAGCACCAGAGCCAGAGACGCAUCUGAGGGCGGUUCAAGCAUUUCCUGCCCUUAUUUUACUGUACGCUGUGGAUCCUGGAAGAUCUUGCUGCGCUCUCUUGCGUGGCUGGGAAACACCCGCAUCGAGGCUGCUCCUCAAGCGGUGGCAGAUGCUGCAGAGAACAAUCGUAUUCCUCUCUUGCGCAUGGAAGUCGAGUUUGUCACCCCUGCAAGUCGAAAAGGAUCAAACAGCGAUCGCUUCUCGCUGCAAGUUGAUCCUACCAGAAGUGGAGCUGAGGAAGUAGCGGCCAAGGCUCGUCAACGUAUAGCUAUGAGGCCUACUGCCUGCGUCUCUAUCUGCAUGAGUCUCUGUCAGCAAGAUGCCAAAGGUCAUGUACAUCGCACACAGGGUACAGGCUCGACCGGAAGCAAUCAAGCGUACCAUGAUGGGGCUCGCACCCAGGCAGAGCGAGAGUUGGACAUGGGAUACCUGAAGCGCGGCUCAGACCGGCGGGUACUCAACCUUCCCCCGAGCUCAAUGGGCAUCGGACCGGUCACUUCUGCCUACUCGAUGACCUACCAAGCCAACCCAGCUCAGGUGGCCAAGGAGACCAGGGCGGGAUUGGACCUCCCUACGACUCUGGUAGAGCUGGCUCAACACCUCCAGAAGGCUCACCGCUUCUCCGCCUCCUGCCCUUCGAGCGGGUAUACUGCUCGCCACUCUCCCCGUGAUCUAUACCACAUCAUCGAAGCGCACGACGAGAAGUGGCUUGGUAAGCUGCAGAAGGAGAGUGCGUCGCAAGCAGCUGGGGGCAAUGCUGGGCUGGUAUACAGCUAUCUCCCCACCGAUGGAUCGGCCAAUGGUACCGAAGCCGAAGAGCGACUGCUGCCUCUCUCGUCCGUAUCGGCCGACGGACCUCCGUUGGUCCUCUGGGACGAGUCCUCCCUGGGACACAGCGCUCCUACCGGCUCCUCUUCGUCCGGCAGUGGCAGUGGGCAGAACCCCCUCCUGACGUCUUACUCGUACAACUCCCUCUCCACAGGCGGAGGCGGCGGCGACAUAGGUCUCAGCAAUGGUCUUCCUGACGGGAGCGAGAGGAGUGGGUUGGGAAGGAUGAAGGAUCGGGUCAAGAAGAAGCUCAAGGGACGGCAAGGAGAUGUGGGAGAGGGCGAGGAGUUGGCGAACUGGAUCACUCCGCUUGAUUUGAGUGAGGUAGGGGGUGGUGAGGAGGCGGGGGAUACGAGGACGAGCGUGGACGUCGGGAGACGAUAGCAAACGAUCAGGGUGUUGGGCCCGAUAUCUGGGGCCUGACCAAUUACAUCGUGAGCUCAGCAUCUGCUACGUUCUUCCUCUACAGUACGAGGUCUAAAGAGCUGUACGUGCGAGAUACCAGCGCCAGCGAAAUUGAACCACUGAGGCGAAAACAGACUCUCCAUUGUCAAUAGAACAGUACGGUGUUGUCAAUAAUUCGAAAAUGACUGUAUGGGUCAAGCCUUGUAGUCUUCAG